AUGUUCCAACUGAGUAUCCAUAUCCUGUGUUGCCUGAUGAUUUCAAGUUUUGGAGCUAUUUUGUUUUUUUCUCCCUACUCUUCUCACCUCAAGCCAGCAGUUUCCACCAUGUUGAUGUCCGGGUACCCAUUUGUAGGAGCUCUGUGCUUUGCCAUUACUGGAAUCCUUUCCAUUAUCUCUGGGAAAAAAUCAACUAAGCUCCUUGGUGUGCUGGUGGUGAUGCUUAUCUUCUCUGUGCUGGAGCACUUACUAGCUGCAUAUGCUUCUGUCUUUUGGUGGAAACAGGUCUACUCCAGCAACCCUGGGAGUUCAUUUUCCUUGCCUCAGUCACAAGAUCAUAUCAAACAUGUCAAAGACUUCUUCAAGGGUAUGGCUAUGAGUAACUGUUGGAUGUAGAGGAAAAAGGAAGGAGAAAUCCAGUGUUCAUGACAAAGUGUGAUUAGGCUUUCCUGAAAUUUCAGCUACUCUAGACUGUGGAAGAAACUUUUUAAAAAAUAGCCUUUGUUUUUAUUUUGUCCAUAUGAGUAAUUUUAUUGCUCUUAUAAUUUCCCAAGAGCCCAGGUCAGUAAAAUUUUAUUAACCUGUCUUCCAAAU